UCAAGGCAAUUUCAAGCCACCUCAAAUGAACAACUGAAGCUUAUACGGGAUUCCCGGAUUUCUAUCCCUUAGUUUGCCGUUCUAUGGGCUUUCGAAUCAUACCUCGGUUUGAGGACCUGAGCGCUUCAAAGCGAUGUCAGGUUUAGUAUGCCAACUUCCCAAGUUAACGUCACUUGAGCCUUUGUUUCUGACAUUCACAUUUCCUCUGCCACCGCAACUGACAAGUGCGGGACUCGCCACACCCGGGCCGACUGCGGCUGUAGUGCGGAUGGGGAAAGGCGGAGCUGUGGCACUAUUAUUGUUCAUGGCCGUGACGUCUGCAGCUAGCACCGAUUGGGCAAUGAGAGCUCAUCGCGGUCGUAUGGUUACGAGCCGAAUGUCACUACAUUAUGCUCGUUUACAAAUGCAGUGCAUCUAUCGUUCCUACUCCACAGGUGCGGAGAUUAUUCGUGUUUCAUACCAAGCGAUUUGUGCUCGGGCAAUAUGGACGGGAUGCUGCGGUAAUCAUAAAUACUUUUUCCAGUCACUCACGCGGGAAUGUAUUGCCUUGUGCCACAGCUUCACCAAGCAAAUAUCCUGGAUGUACUAUGUCGGGUGCGUGGACCACUUGACAACAUACUUGCUCUCUGUGCGGUGGCGCAGGGGGAUUGCGCUUAGUCCUGCCUGCAGUCAUCCCUAUCAUCCUUACGGCGGUUUAGGUUGAUUGGUGCGUUGGGCUUUUGUGUGGCUCUACUAUUGGGGCUAUCCUCGGGAUGCUGGCAUUAUGAUCGGCUGCUGGAAGAUUAAUGGAGAAUGGAAAUCAUUACUUAUCGGUUCCGUAUGCAACAAUGCAUCACGAUGUGACAACACUGACAA